UCAUUCGGAUGAUUUUUUCACAAUAAAAUUACGACAUACUCGCAUGACAUAUAUUUUCUGUCAUAUAUAAUUCUAGUGGCUUUAUGCUUUCAUUGUUUUUUGUUUCAAAGUACUAAGAGAAUACAUUUUACCGAGAAAUUUACAUCAGCUGUCGUACGUAAACAAAGGGAAUGUCAAUAGCAGUAACAGUGGAACACAAAAGUGCGUUGUGACAAUAUCAAGCAUAAUGGAUGUGGAUGGUUCAGCUAUUUCUGGGGAGAUAGACCAAAAUUUGUUAUUACAGUUCAGUUGUAUGAAUACAACUGACCGGGAAGAAUUGAUAGGACAAAUGCAGAGAUUGUUGGGCCCCAGUUUAAAUUAUAAUACAGCAAGUUUCUUUCUGGAUAUGAGUAACUGGAACCUACAAGCUGCUAUUUGUUGUUAUUUAGACUACAGUUUACCUCCAAAACUUCCAUCCAUGUCAGUAAAGAGUGCUCAAAAUCCGGAAACUGCAGUUAGUCCAGGUUCUUGUUUUGAACAAAGCUGGAGUAUUACCAAUUCAGGAGCAGAAACAUGGCCCGGCAGCUGUAGACUGAUCCAUGCGGGGGAACAUUUUGGUGGAUCUCCGGCAUACCUUCCUGCCUUGCCCCCGGGACACUCGGUUACUGUGACCAUGCACUUAAAAGCACCCAAUACACCCGGUACACAUAGAAGUUUUUUCCAUGUAGUGACUGACAAAGGUGAUCAAAUAGGAGAUACAUUAUGGUCAGAGGUAACAGUGGAGUCGGAAAUGACUUUAGCACUUGCAGAUCAAUUAGCAGCUCUGCCUGUACCUAGUAGUAGAUUGGAUGAGGGUAUGUCUCAGGUGCCAUCACAAGAUGACCAAAUGUGUUGAUGAAUUGAAAAUAACAUAAUUCUUUGAAAUCCAUUAUUUGUUACAAAAUGCAUCUUUAAUUAUUCAAUAUAAUACUGUAAUAUGGUUGCUAUAGUUAUAGAGAUUAUGCUCGUGUAGCAAUAUUACUUUGUUUCAACAUAAAAUGGGGCUAAUAAACACAUUGUACAAAAUGCUAUUGUAAUAUACGAUAGUUAUUUAAUAUUUGUAAGGCAAUAAGACUUGUGAAUUUGUUACUGU